GCUGUCAAUCACGUCAAUCAGCGUCGCGCGAACGCGGACUUUCGUUUGUAAACUUUAGAUCAGAUUUUAUUUGGUUUGUGUUGUGUUUUCUCGUCGGGAGAGAGCAUGUCCCCUCCAGUGACACGAGCGAGCUCCAGACUGGCGCAGGCUCGGCGGAGAGCGGCGCCGUAUUCACUGCGCUCCAGAGCUCCGUUAGGAAACGCGUCCAAUGUGAUCGGUGUUCACCGAGCUGCAGACGAGCCGAAGAGACAAAAAGCUGCACGUGUAAAGAAGGACAAUGCCAAAACGAAGCAUGCAGCAGUGAAACCUUCUUCAACGGAGAACCGGAGCAUCUCUGAGGUGUGUGACCUGGUCAAGCCUGUUGCACACACUGAUGUCUGUCUGGACUCCGAGCGUCUUCAGAAACGACCCGAUGCUCCUCAGGCUUUCUCCUGCCUGUUGCUCAACAUCCCAGAUGUGGAUUCUGCAGAUGCUGGUGAUGCUCAGAUGUGCAGUGAAUAUGUGUGCGACAUCUACGCUUAUUUACAACAGCUCGAGGUUGAGACGGCCAUCAGACAGCGUUAUCUGGAAGGUCAGGAGGUGAGCGGCGACAUGCGAGCGGUCAGCAUCGACUGGCUCAUGCAGGUGCAGAGAGAGUUCAAGCUGCGGCAGGAGACCCUCUUCAUGACCGUCAGCAUCAAUGGACAGGAGGAGCUGAUGAUUUCUUCAUCCUUCGACAGUCUGGAAGUGCUGCUCGACUCUUUCGGCCCAGUGCGCGACUGUUCAAAAGACAAUGGAGGCUGCAGCCGAAAUUUCCGUUGCAUCUCUGAUCGCAAACUGGACUCCACUGGCUGUGUGUGUCCUCCUGGUUUGAGCCCAAUGAAGGAUGGCACCGGUUGCUAUGACCACCACAUUGGCAUUGACUGCUCUGAUGGCUUUAAUGGGGGCUGUGAACAGCUGUGCCUUCAGCAGCUGGCACCUCUGGAGGAGGACCCUACUCUCUACAACAUCCUGAUGUUCUGCGGGUGA